AUGCAGACUUCUACCGCUGUCUUCCUUGCUCUUCUUGGCUUCGCCUGUCACCAGGCGUUAGCGAAAGACUGUCCCGAAGGUCCUCCCGAAAAUUCUACGCUCGUUGAUGUUGGACCCGUUCUCGACCCGAAAAAUCCAUCCUGCCCUGCCGGGUUGACCUGCUAUUUGCAUAACAAGACGAAUGGCUGCUAUGGGCCACCACCAAAGCCUUGUGAAGAUGCGGAUGAGAACUGCGCAAACUGGGUGAGAAACGGUUUCUGCACCGAUCCGUACUACGCAAAGUCGAAGGCCGACUACUGCGCGAAGAGCUGUGGACUUUGCUAUGAUACGUGCGCGGACAAGAGCGCCAGCUGCAAAAACUGGAAGGCGAACGGCUUCUGCGAGAACGCGCUCUACGACUCGAUCAAAAAGGACUACUGCUCGGCAACCUGCGGGCUCUGC